ACAAAAAAGACUUCUAUAAAGGCUGGUGGAAAUGAGAGUGGGAAAUCUCCCAUUUCUCCUAUUAUUAUGUGCAGCACUUUCUUGUGCUUUUCCUGCAAAUACAAGGCAGACAAAGGAAGAAGGCAUGCAGCUUAUCCAGAAGUACCUGGAAAAUUACUAUGGCUUUAAGAAAGAUGGAGAACCUUUUGUUUGGAAAAGUGAUAAUGCAAUGACCCAAAAACUAAAAGAAAUGCAGGAAUUCUUUGGGCUGGAGGUGACAGGGAAACUGGAUUCUGGCACUUUGGACUUGGUACAGAAACGCCGCUGUGGAUUCCCUGACGUAGCCGGGUUCUCCACCUUUGCAGGAGAGCCAAAAUGGACAAAACAUGUCCUGACAUACAGGAUAGUAAACUACACACCGGACCUGGGUCCAGCAGAGGUCAACGUGGCCAUCAGGAAAGCGCUCCGUGUCUGGAGCAGUGUGACCCCGCUGAGGUUCAUCCAGAAGGACAGAGGUGAUGCAGACAUAAUGAUCUCCUUUGCAGCCAGAGGUCACAAUGACUUCAUCCCCUUUGAUGGCCCAGGAGGCUCCCUGGCCCAUGCCUAUGCACCUGGCAAGGACUUUGGUGGAGAUGCUCACUUUGAUGAGGAUGAAACAUGGACCAAAAGCACAGAGGGCACAAACCUGUUUUAUGUUGCUGCCCAUGAGUUUGGCCAUUCACUGGGACUUUCCCAUUCCAAAGACCCCAACGCUCUGAUGUAUCCAGUUUACAGGAAAUUUGACCCCUCAGUACUCCUUCUUCAUCAGGAUGAUAUUACUGGCAUACAGUACCUCUAUGGACCAUCUUCCAACACAAACAAUGAUCAAACAGAAUCUACUGAGAUAAAAGACCCAACUGAGUCAAAAGAUCCUGCACUGCCAAACAGCUGCAGCUCCAAUUUGACGUUUGAUGCUGUCACCACUUUCCGUGGAGAAUUAAUCUUCUUUAAAGACAAGCAUAUUUGGCGCAAACAUCCAGCAGUCAGAACAGCUGAUUUUGAGUUGAUAUCUUCAUUCUGGCCACGGCUGCCACCUGGUGUUGAUGCUGCAUAUGAAAUUCCUGAAAAAGAUGAAAUGGUCAUUUUUAAAGGGAAUGAAUUCUGGGUUGUGAGAGGAGAUACCAUACUUUCUGGAUACGCCCAAAAACUCUACACCCUGGGCUUUUCAAAGGAUGUUUCCAAAAUUGAUGCUGCUUUUCAUAAUGGAAUUGAGGGGAAAACAUAUUACUUCAUAGCAGACAAAUUUUGGAGUUAUGAUGAAAGAAGUCAGUCUGUGGAGAGGAAGUCAUCACUGAUAAGAGAUGCCUUUCCAGGAAUUAAUGGGAAGAUUGAUGCUGUUUUUCAACAUGAAAACUUCCUUUAUUUCUUCAGUGGAAGAAAGCAAUUUGAGUUUGACCUUAAUAAGAAGAGAGUUACACGCCUCCUAAAGACAAACUUUUGGUUUCCAUGCUAAUAAAAUGAAAUCUGUAAUGGUGUUGGAAAGAAUGUACUGCUCUUGUGCUAGAAAAUAUUUUCAUUUAUAAAUAUGUAGAAUGUAAAGGUACUUCAGCACCAGUCAGCAGCUAUCAGUCCCUCAUCACCUGUUUCUUUAAAUAACAGAACAGUAUUUAACAUAUGGAUGUGUACAUACAUCUGUAGUUAACAUCAGGCUGGCUAGCUUACCAGCAAACAACAAUGCAGUUUCUGCUUUUGAUACAAAAUUGGGGUUGAUUUUAUUAUUUCUGACAUCUUAUUUUCACUCUUCUUGCCAUACAUCACCCUACACAGGGCCCUGCCAUGGAGCCAGGAGCCCAUGAGGAAGAGCAUCUCUCUUCCUAAAGCCAGGAUUGCUUUCAACCUGUUUUAGGUAUUUCAAAGCUAAGCAAGAAGACUUAGCUAGUGCUUGUAGUUACAGUGAGACAUACAGGGUUUCCAGAGAGCAACCCCUCCCAGCCUGAGGGGUGUUGAGAGGUGGAAGUUCUUUUUUACAGUGAUUGGAAAGGCAGUUUAUGUUGGACACCUGAUUAUAGAAGGCUUCAUUAAAAUGUGAUGAAUUCUACCCUAAA